AUGAGCUGUGCUCCCAAUACUUCACACUUUCCAGUCCUCUUGCUCCUUGGGUUUUCAAGAGUUAAUGUCUCCUCCACUCUCCUCUUCUUUCUGUUCCUGACUAUUUACCUGACCACCAUAUUGGGGAAUAUGACUCUGGUGCUGCUUAUCUCCUGGGACUCCAUAUUUCACUCACCGAUGUAUUAUCUGCUCCAUGGCCUCUCCAUGAUAGACAUGGAGCUAUCCACAGUCACCCUGCCCCAGUUGCUGGCCCAUCUUAUAUCUGAUUACCCAGCCAUUCCUGCUGUCCGCUGCUUGACUCAGUUCUUUUUCUUCUAUGCAUUUGGUGUUAUAGAUACUCUUGUCAUUGCUGUUAUGGCUCUGGAUUGCUACAUGGCCAUCUGUGACCCUCAGCACUAUGUUUUGGUGAUGAAUCGCCAACUCUGUGCCCAUUUACUAGCCUCGAGCUGGGUGGUGUCCAUAGUGCACAGCAUGCUGCAGGUGGGUUUCCUCCUGCCACUUUGCUGGACUGGGCAUGCUAGAGGAAAUUUUCCUCAUUCUCACUUCCUUUGUGACCGUCGACCACUUCUGUGAGCCUCUUGCUCUGACAUACAUUCCAAUGAGCUAGCAAUAUUCUUGGAAGGUGGCUUUCUCAUGAUCGGCCCCUGUAUACUCAUUGUACUCUCCUAUGUCCGAAUUGGGGCCACCAUCCUACGUUUGCCUCCAGCUGCUGGUCACCAUCGAACGGUUUCCACCUGUGAAUCUCACUUCACCAUGUUUGGCUUCCUCUAUGGCACUAUCAUUUGGGUCUACUUCCAGCAUCCCUCCCAGAACUCUCAGCAUCAGGAUAUGGUGGCUUUAGUAAUGUAUACUGCCAUUACACCUUUGGCCAACCCUUUUGUAUACAGCCUCCUUAAUAAGGAGGUCAAGGGUGCACUUCACAGGCUCCUUGGGCUGGGGAGGGUACACUCUUGA